AUGCUCGAGAGGAGCUUGAGCGCAACCGGAGGAAAUAUACCGGUUCCCAGCUACUAUACUGGUCUAGGUAUUCAUCUGCCAGCAGACACAAAAGACAAUGGCUCGACUCACUCAAGUGACUUUCUAUCAUUGGAAAAAAGACUUCCAAAUUUUCCAACUACUGCGAGUUUCGAUUCAAUAGUCCCUUCAUCCCAGCAGAGUCUUUCAUUACAACUGGAAUUUUCCCAAAGUGAUAUUUUAUCACUUAUUGUGGCUGUAAUUGGGCUACCGCUGGCGGUUUUUGGCGCCUGCUUUCUCUACUGGUAUAACAACAACUACCACACCUUUUGGACAUGGUCGUGCGACAACAGAAAGAUAGAUCAUCCAGAGGCUCAAUUCAAGGUGGUUUGUGGCGAAAUAGGGUUUGCAUUCUCAAUGAGCUGGCUAGUUGCUGCUGCGGAGUCGUUGAUGAUUAUCAACGUUAUUGUUGGCUGCAUUGUAGUCAAGAGGAAAAACGGCGAAACAAGAUUAGGCGUAUAA